AUGUCGUCGCCCUACGCCCAGUACCUGAGCAAGGAGAAGGAGGACGAGCUCCGCCAGAUUGCCAACGCUAUCGUCGCCCCGGGCAAGGGGAUCUUGGCCGCCGAUGAGUCGACCGGUUCGAUGGAGAAGCGCCUGGCGUCGAUCGGCCUCGAGAACAACGAGGAGAACCGCAGGAAGUACCGCCAGACGCUCUUCACCGGAAGUGAUGAGCUCGCCAAGCACAUCUCUGGCGUCAUCAUGUUCCACGAGACGUUCUACCAGAAGGCCGACUGCGGCACCACGUUCGUCGAUGUGCUGAAGAAGAAGGGCAUCAUCCCCGGCAUCAAGGUCGAUAAGGGCGUCAUCCCGCUGGCCGGCACCAACGGCGAAGGCACCACCCAGGGCCUUGACGAUCUGAACGCCCGCUGCGCCCAGUACAAGAAGGACGGCGCCCAGUUCGCCAAGUGGCGCUGCGUUCACAAGAUCUCCGGCACCACUCCCUCGCACCAUGCUCUCGUUGAAGUCGCUCAGGUUCUCGCCCGUUACGCAUCCAUCUGCCAGCAGAACGGCCUGGUCCCGAUCGUCGAGCCGGAGACGCUGUGCGACGGCGAGCACGACCUUGCCUGGUGCCAGAAGGUGACCGAGAUUGUCCUCUCCUACACUUACCGCGCCCUCAACGAGCAUAACGUCUUCCUGGAGGGUACGCUGCUCAAGCCGAACAUGGUCACCGCCGGUAUGUCCGCCUCCAACAAGCCCAGCAACGCCGAUAUUGGUCUCGCCACCGUGACCGCUCUCCAGCGAACGGUCCCGGUCGCUGUUCCCGGCGUCGUCUUCCUGUCGGGAGGGCAGAGCGAGGAGGAGGCUACCCGCAACCUCAAUGAGAUCAACAAGGCCGCCGGCAAGAAACCGUGGGCGUUGACGUUCUCGUACGGACGUGCCCUCCAGGCGUCGGUGAUCGCCAAGUGGGCCGGCAAGGACGAAAAUGUGGCUGCCGCUCAGGAAGUGCUGCUCAACCGUGCCCGCGUCAACUCGCUCGCCUCCGUCGGCAAGUACACCGGGGACGAGGCCGGAGACGCGGCCGCCGCCCAGUCGCUGUUCGUCGCCAACCACGCCUAC